UUUUUAAUGGAGAGUAAAAAUAUUAUCAUCAACUAUUUAUUUUAAGAUGUAAUAUUGUUGUAGUGCAAUAAAAAAUAUUUACUACAUGAGUGAUUUCGUGAGGUGGUUUGAUUAUUACGCUGUUGUUAUGAUGACGUGUACAUUCGAUGUGAAGGAAACAGGAUUUUUUCCGGAAAUUUCUUCAGACAGCAGAAGAAGAACCCCAUGACAGAGGAGGUUGUGAUACGCAUAGCCCAAGCUCACGGCAAGAGCCCGGGCCAGGUGUUGUUGAGACAUAUGGUGCAGCUCGGUGUCGCCGUCAUACCCAAGAGCUCCCACCCCGACCGCAUCAAGCAGAACAUUGACACGUAUUCACUCAUAGAUAUACACACAUAUCGAACAAUAAUUUGUAAUUUGUAA